UUUGGAUAACGGCGCAUAACGACCAUAUCCCUCACCUUUAUUUGCCUAAUGUGCGAUAACAACAACCGCGCUGUCCUCGUCGACGCGUUUCGUGUCUUUAAAUCGCUUCUUUCCUCAUAGAAAUAAGAAAAUAAGUCCUGUGUUGCCUCCUGAUCGUGGAGCGAGCUGGGAUCCGGGGGGGAGGCGUGAGUGCGCACGGUGAUGUAAGUAACGUUGGUUGACACAUAGGCGCGCGCGCACGCACGCGCUCCGUCAAGAUGGCCCCGCGGUCCGCGUCUCGGGCGGCCCUCCUCGUCACCUUGUCGGUGCUGCUGACUCUGGCGCUGGGCUUCGGGCUGCCCACCUUGCUCGGCGUGCUGGCGAGACACUGCGGCUUCCCGGAAACGAGUGUCACCGAGUGCGUCGUCCUCUCGUACUUGCUGUUCGUGGUGUACGUCGCGACGCCCCGGAUCCCCAGAGGGCUGGUCGAGGUGAAGGGGAAAGCUGUGUUCAUCACGGGCUGUGAUCGUGGUUUUGGGCAUGCCCUGGCGAAACAUCUACACAAACUUGGCUUCACGGUUUUCGCUGGCUGUCUUUACAAGGAUGAGGAUGGAGAGGGGGCAAAAACCCUGGAGGAGUUUCACUGCGAUCGCAUGAAGGUGGUUCAGCUGGAUGUCACCAGUGAGGAACAGGUGAACCGGGCUGUGGAAUACAUCAGAAACAACCUGGAGGAUGGCGAGAGAGGUCUUUGGGCUGUGGUGAAUAACGCUGGUGUGUCGACUUUCGGAGAAGUGGAGUUUACUUCCAUGGAGACGUACAAGCAGGUGUCAGAGGUCAAUCUGUGGGGAACCAUCAGGGUCACCAAAGCUGUCCUCCCCUUAAUCCGCAAGGCUAAAGGCCGUGUGGUGAACGUAGCCAGCAUGUAUGGACGGAUGGGAAACGCUCUGCGGUCACCCUACUGCGUAUCCAAAUACGGCGUGGAGGCCUUUUCCGACUGCCUCCGCUACGAGAUGAAGGCCUGGGGUGUCAAGGUCUCCGUCAUCGAGCCGGGCAACUUCAUCGUGGCCACGGGCAUCCUCACGCAUGACAUCGUGGCCAAAACGGCCAACAAGCUGUGGAACGAGGCGCCGCCUGUGGUGAAGGAGGACUACGGCAAAGCCCACUUUGAGCAGCAUAUGGCUCUGAUGCGUUCCUACUGCUUCAGCGGGCAGAGGGAGGCCACGCCCGUUCUGAGUGACAUCUCCGACGCUGUCAUGUCCAAGCGGCCGUACACGCGCUACAACCCCAUGGAGCCGUACUGGUGGAUCAGAAUGCAGCUGAUGACUCACCUGCCCGCCGCCAUAUCCGACCGCCUCUAUUUCUGAAAGAGAAUCUGUUAACUUCCCAGUUGUCAUUCCGACCCUGCGAUCAGAGAAUCCCCCCCCCCCCGACAAAGCAGCAGGUUUCCCCACCUGACUGAUUGUCCAGCGUUGCACAGGAUCCAGACUUACCUCCAGUAGGGGCCCAGCUGUGUCCACAAAACCCUCAAUCACUCACAAUGAGGCCUUAAAUCUGUUUCUUUAAGUAGUAUGUGUAUAUCUAAUGAAAUAUAUAUACCUGUUCACAUCUCAGUAGUAUUCUGUGCUGGGCUGUGGUAACUGCUUAAGAGUAGUUUAAAGUAGCAGUGACAUAAAAUGUGGGAAUUUUGCAGUGAGGCAUGGUCCUCUGACUAGGAGAUCCAGCUCUGGGUUUAAUGGUAAUUAAUCUGGGCUCAAACUGGCACAGGGACCAAAUGGUAGCCAGCAGAGAUCAAAACAAGUCCCGCCGCUGCUCUGCUGCUGCGCUGGAACAAGCCAAGGCGGGCUACUGUAAGAGCAUGGCGGCGUCCACCCCCAAGGUUACAUAAUGACACAACACAAGCUCGCUUUGUGUUGACUUGUUCCAGGAGGUCUAUGAUCCACUUUCACCGAGUUUGAUUGUUGUGAUUCAUAGGCAAGCUUGGAUACACAAAAAAUGUCCCCCCACCCCUUUGGUGUAUAAUUUUUUCUUUUAGUAUGGAAAAUGUUUGAAUGAAAAAGAAAUUUCUAUUUUGGGAAUGCUACUAUCAGAAUGAUCUUAACAAUAAAAAUUAUUUAAAAUAAA